GUGGCGCAUGCGCAGAGCGGGUCAGUUGGUGCCUCUCCCUCACCAUUGGCCUCGUACCAUAUAUUGUCCCUCCUCGACUGAUGCAUAGCAAAUGCAUCAUCUUUGAUAUACUUGUUCGACGCACCUUAUUCUGUGUCAAGGCAGUUAAUUGAAACAUGAAAUUUAAAUAUUGCGGCAAUAACAACGCACAGCUGUCCAGUGGGCGAGGCUACACACUUAUGGAGCUACUUAAGGGCUCUGGCGAAUUCUGCAAGGCACAAUAUCACAUCAAAUAAGCAAGAAGCAAGCCUGGUUCUUAUGCUAAUCUAAGUGUGCAUUGUCUGAGUGUCAGUGUGAAUAGUGGGAGACUGAACUUGGUGAUGGGGUAAAGUGAAGGCCUGAAAAUAAGCGGGUCCUCUGUGGCUGCGUUAUCGUCUGCUAUUGCUGCUGCCGUUGCUGCCGCCCUUCUGCUUUGUGGUGUCUUUGCCCUUAGUAGUAAAGGAGAGAUCCCUGUCUUCGGCAGCACUUUCGGCAAAAUCAAAAUUGGGGAUCACCACCAUAUCUGGUGGAGGAAGCUCAAGCUCCUGAUUGUUGCCUCCCCUCAGACAUCCCCCCCCCUCCCUACCAGUCCUUUCCUUCACUAGCUCCAUCCUCUUAGGUUUUGUACCGUUCAGUUUUGAUCCGUGAAGAGCCAAAGUGAGUGUGUUCUAAUUGUGUGUAUAUAUAGUGUGAUUGUGGAACGGUGUAUAAAAUAUCAGAUUACAGCCUUUUUUUAUAAAUACGUAUAUACACACACACACAUAUAUAAUAUAUAUAUAUAUAUAUAUAUAUAGAAUAUAUAUAUAUUUGUAAUUAUUGAGAAGAGAUCUCACAGCUUCAUCCCAAGUUUAGAGGUCUCCCAAGGUAGAAGGUUUCCAGCCUACCACUCAAGGUUAUCAUUCAUCGCCAUCUUUUCUUAUCGUCACCUCAAACACCUGUACUUCCAAUCUUUGGCUGAAAAAUCCACAACUGCAAGAGUAUAUAUUACUACUGGCACUUUUUUUUUUCGAGCGUUAUGAGUGCAAAUAGUGCAAAUAUGAGAUCCAAGAGCAUCAGACCCGCCCCUUCAGAAAUUGAAUACAAGAACAUGCGCUUCCUCAUCACAGAUCGACCCACUGAUGCAACCAUGCAGAGCUAUAUUGAGGAAUUGGUGAAGCAUGGUGUACAUGAUGUGGUCAGAGUUUGUGAGCCAACAUACAAAACUGAUGAACUCAAGAAGGCGGGAAUAUCUGUAAUGGACUUGGUGUUUGAUGAUGGGACAUUCCCUCCUGCAGAGAUUGUUGAGGAAUGGCUGGGGCUGUUGAGACUCCGUCACCGUGAAGACCCUGGGUGUACCGUAGCUGUUCACUGCGUGGCUGGUCUUGGUCGUGCUCCUGUGCUAGUUGCCAUUGCACUCAUUGAGCUUGGACAACGAUACGAGGAUGCUGUUGAACUUAUUAGGCAGAAAAGACGAGGAGCCAUUAAUGCUAAACAGCUGGCUUAUCUGGAGAAGUACCGUCCCAAGUCUCGACUUCGGCUAAAGAAUGGCCAAAAGACUGGUGCGUGCUGUGUUCAGUAAAAUUACGAGAGGUAUUGACAAAUGCUCGGAUACUUGAGUUCUGUUAAGUUGGUUGCCAUAUUGAUAAAUUAGUAAUGAAUUUUUGUCUUAACCAUGUUGGUAUAGUUUGCAAUGAACUUAUUGUACCUUCAUUAUACCUUUCAUUUUCACAAAUGGAGUGUUUGGUAUAUUUUAUCUUAGGUUAUCCAGUCAAAAUUUAACAGGGCACUUAUUUUAAAAAUACAAAUAUUGUAUGAUUGAAGUAAUAAUAGCAGGAUAUAAUAUCAUACAUAUAUAUAUAAUAUAUACAUAUAUAUAUAUAUAUAUAUGUAUAUAUUAUAUAUAAUAUACAUGUGGCUCAUUUUCUAAAACUAAAUGUUAAGGAAAUGGCCGUGAGAAAGCGUGACAGGUUUGGAGUUGUCAGUAAUUUCUAGCAUGUAUUAAGAACCUCCUUGUUCCAGAUUAAAGUAACAUCAACAGAUGCGUAUACUUAACCCCCACAAUUCUGAAGUAAGGCUCCUGUCUACUAAUCCAAUACUUUAAAUUAAUGAAGUUGUAAAUUUAGUUAAGUGAUAAAUAUGUGCAGGAAAUAUGCCUUUUGGCCAUGUUACCAUGACUACUGUACUUGAAAUACUCUGCUUUUGUUGUGGUAGCACGGGGGGAGAGGGUGGGCGAUAUCUUAGGUGUUGAGGCCGCCUUGACUAUCAAUAGCAAGAGACUGAUCGUGAAACUCAUAGGAAUAUCAGAACUAAAUGAAAGUCAAUCUUUGUGGCACAAGAAAAUGUGUUAGCAGUCCCUUGUUAAUUGUCCUCGGUUUAUUUUGGAAUUAGAAGAAAAAAGUAAGUUUUAGUCAGGCUUUAGCAAUGUUUAGUCCUAUGGCAUGAUAUGAUGAAACAAAAAGUAAAUGUUGUGGAAACAUGGCAUUGCUAACCCAGUCAGGUUGGUUCUGGCAAGACGUGUAGGCCUUGACAAGUACGGCUGUUAGCACAUAUCAUGCCCUGACCCCCUUUGUUCCUCUACUCCAGCUGCAGAAGGUGUCUUCAGACUUUGCAUAAUUAAUUUAAGAAUGCAAUUUUUAUAUAUUAUUAUGUACUUAUUAGGAGGAAGGUAGUUGUGCAGGAUUUUUUAAAAUUAUGAAUUAAUCAUGAAAUAUGAACUUGCAUGGCAGGCCAGCCUGUGUAAUUUACAGGCAUCAUAGAUCCUCAUGACCAUUCUUGAACUGACUUUUGGCAUGUUAUCAUAACAAGAAUAACAAUUAUCAUUUGAUUGGGCAUUUUACAUGGUGUAACUAAAACUCAAAUGUUGGACAUUUUCAAGUAAAAUAGUACAUUGAAUGCAGUGCAUUCCAUAACUUGCUCAUAAAUUUAGUUUGUUACAAAUUUGAGUCCAUUUUUAACUUUAAAUUUUAAAAAUCCAAAUUAGAGGACAUUGACAGUUUGACAAGGAUAUUUGAUCAGAUCCGUAUUUUAUAAUCUUAUUUUUAAUCCUUUAAGGAAUAAUUGUGUUCAUGUCAAUAUUUACCUCUUAUUUGGACCCUAGAACUUUAAAUACAUUUAGUGUAUGAAAAUGUUGGUUUAAAAUAUAUGAAGUUUUACAAAGUAUGUCCUUAAAACAGAACCACUGGGCACCAUAGCACUAACUCAGUGGAAUAAGGUUGUGCAUAAAAUCCUAUGAAUUCAGCCCUUGUGAGCAGUUACCACUGACUUGCCUCAGCCCUUCAUGUUAAGCAUCCUAUGCAGCUGAAGAUUGUUUUUUAUGAAUGUAAGUUUUUUCAGAACUUAUGUGUGAGGAAUAAGUGAAUAUUGACUGUGGAUCAGUGUGUUUCAGGGAGUCUGUCUUGGCAUCUUCCAAUCUCCGGUGCUGUUUUAUCUGGUAGACUGGUUGAGUGGUUAGCAUUAACUUGUAGACCAUGGUUGAGUGGUUAUCAGCUGGUAGACUGUGGUUGAGUGGUCAACACCACCUAGUAGACCAUGGUCAAGUGGUUAUCAACUAUUCCUUAACCUUGAACUCUUACUAUUUUCCUCCUCCCCCCACCCCUACCACUGGCCACUUGAUAUAUAAUUGUUCUAAAUUAAUUUCUUUUCUAAUGAAACCAAAAUUUGCAUUAUUAAUACAUUUUUAGCACUUUAAAGUUGUCCUCAGUCUUGUCAUUUCACUUCAGAUGUAUAAACUAUUAAACAAAUUUGUUCAUGUAUUAAGUGUCAUCAAUCAAUGAACACCUAAAGUGAGGUCUUCUAUAUCUUGUGUGUUGUCUUUCAAGUCAGCUGGGUAGAUUGUACCACGGAACUCCAUCCUUUUGAGAGAUUUGUAUAAUUAAUUGAACUUUUAACAAUGUAAGGUUUAGUUUUCAAAUUUCUUAAUUCAUCUGCAAAGUUUCAUUUCUCAUUCACUGUCUUGUGGAAUAAAAGGUAGCUUCUAUAGAGUAAUUUAGUAUGAUAUUAAGGGCCUUCAUAAUCAAAUUCUUGGUAAAAAACAAUUGGAUGCUAGAAAUCAUAAAUUGAAUCUUAUAUUACUUUACAGUAUGCCCAGAUUGACUUGACCUGCCUCAGCUCUGUAGUUAUGUAGGUAUACAUGGCUGUGAACCUAUGCCAUACUUUGCAAGCCACAAACUCCCUACCCUCUUUUCUAAGGAGUGCAUGGAAGAUCUGCCAAUCUUAAGUCUGAAUGUUGUAGUGCUUUGAAACAUCUACAGUCAAACCUUGUUUCUUCCAGCCUCAGGUAAUAAUAAAAUAGGAAAAACAAAUUCUAAGGCAUAUUAUCACAGAUGAACUCGUCAGGGGAUUUAAAGCUGGUAAAGCUAAAAAAAAAAAAAAAUUUGGGUUGAAUGAACAAGGUGUGUAUGUUUCUUGUAUGCCAGAGCCAGAGGUACAGCAUCUUCAUGCCUGGCUGGUGCACAAGUUUGAGAUAGUGGCAUAUUGCACUAGUGCCAAGAGCAUUAUUUUAUUACUGGCCUCUUGGCUUUGGCAUUUGAAGGAUGCGAUGAUAGAAAAACAAGUUCUUCGGCAGAUGUUUACUUUUAUGAAGUCAAAAUGUAUGCAAGGAAUUUGCCAUUUCUUCAUCAAUUCCUUCAGUCAGUCAUCCAUGGUGAUCACAUGUGAUGAAGAUGGGAACAAAUUUUUAAGGUAAACUUUUGAAUGUUCGUAAGUAUUGUGCAUAUGGCUGAGAAAGCUACAACCCAUUGAAUUGGGGCACCUAGAGUAGGACUUACACCAAUAAUGGGAUGUUUAGAUCUGUGAUGGAUUUUAAAAAUUCUUGCACAGGAUAUGGUUUAGUAGUAACAACUUCCCAUACUGCUUUUGAGGCCGACGGGAAACUUUGGAUCUGAUAAUUAAUGAAGUUUGCAUUGUUGAGCAGACUUGUUCGUGCAAGUAUAGCAUCCCAUUUUUUGUGUAAAUCCUUCCUUGUAGAAGAGACAAGGUGCUAAAUGCACCCAACAGUAGAAAGUAACCAAAACCAUUUUAGUCAUUCGGACAUUCUGUUGCAUCUUGCCUAAAGUGUACGGUGUUUGGUUAUGUACAUAAUUAUAGUUAUUUGUGUUAAGUUUGUAAAAUUCACUCGAGCAGAAGACAAAUAGAUGUAUUAAGUUUGCCAAAUUAUCUUGAGAUUUUAACAUGGCCCCAUAUUUUCUAUAUGUGUAUUUUAAGAUCUAAUGUCUAGUAAUUUGGAUUUGCUGCUCUUCACUUUUCUAACUUUACUAGGUUGCACAAAAAAAUGGCCUCCUUAAAAUCAGGUUAGCUUUUUACCUUCCAUAACAGUUUUGAGGAGCAGCAGUCUUGGCUGAAAGAGGACAUGUGGAAUGUACAUUCCUGCAGCGGUAUCUAGAUAAUGCAUGCGAAGCUGGUAGAGUUCUUACCUACUUGCUAAUAGUUGAUCAUUGAACUUGGCCACAGGAAUGAAAUGUUUUUUCACUCAAGAUUAUCAUAAGCACUCCCAAUAAUUCUCAAAAUUAUAGGCCUAGAACAAGAUAAAUUAAUUUUUCUUUAGAACAUUUGUAUUUACACUUAACAGCUAUGGUGCCUAUUUUUAUUUGUUAAAAGGCCUGCCUUGCAUUUUAUGUAUUAAAUUCUAUAAGUUCUGUUUAAGAAUUUUAUACUGUAUUGCAAUAUAUUUGAAUUUAUAUUUAUACCAUGCUGAUUGUCUUAAAUUAUUUUAUUUGUAACGAGAUCGUCAGUGGUUUGUGAUCUUUGUGCAAUAAGGGUUUUUUCUAGAUGAGGAAAAACUCCCUUACUUAAAUCGAAACCAAUAGCCACUAACAGGCCUCGUUGCAUACUCUGCUUUCCUGCAUCAGUCCCACCUUUUUCCUUCCCUCCCGAGACAGUUUCCUGGUCAAGCCCUCAGAUUUGGCCACGCGUGUUUAGUGGCCAGCUCGUCAUUGUUGCAUUGGUGGCCCAUGCGUUGUAGUUGCACUAGGUGGCCCAUGUGUCAUUGCAUGAGGCUCCUGGUAGCACAGCUGUGGCAUAAUUUCUGUGAAGCCCUUGUGGAGCUUGCCAGGCCACACACAGCCUUUGUAAGUGUCUGUAUUUUUGGCUAACGAUAGCAGUGUGAACUUGUUCAUAAUAAAAUAAUGGUUUUUUGGUAAAAAA